GCUUCUUGGAACCUAGUGCGGCCUCUGUCUUUCUGAAGGCACCAUUCUGCUCACUUGCAUCAUUUGGUGCUCCCUCUCUCUCUCUCUCACCCCAUCCUCUCCAUUUCUUCAGAAUUCAAGUCUGAGCACUACACCAGCUAAUUGUUUCUUCGCUGGUUUGAAGAAAGUGCGUGGAGAAUGAGGGAGAUGGAGACAGUGGAGAGAAGAGGACAGAGAUCCUUUGCCAAACCAGUGAAGCCCUCCUACAGGCGCUCCAAGAGUGAUUUGGGGGAGAAAAAUGCCAAGGAUGCUCUUCAGAAAGCACCGAAUCAGCAGAAGUUGAAUGGCAUUAAAUCAAAGUCGCAUCUUCAUUCCGAAACCAAGAAGGGGAUCCAGCCCAAGAGUGAGGCACAAAACUCCCUGAGAAAAGAGAUUGUGCAGCUAGAGAGGCACCUCGAUGAUCAGCAGACUGUGCGCGGCGCACUAGAGAAAGCGUUGGGUCCUGACCCUGCUCCAGUUACCUUGUCCAAUGAGAGCCCAAUCCUCAAGCCCGCUAAUCAACUGAUAAGGGAGGUUGCCACAUUGGAGCUGGAGAUCAAGCACCUGGAGCAGUACCUCCUGACACUGUACAGGAAAGCAUUUGAGCAAGCACCCUCAUUGCCAUCUUCGGGCGUUCACGGGGAGGCACCGGCGCCACCAAAGCCGUCAGUGAGCUCACGCUCUGCGGCGCUGGUCGAAGAAACGCCGAAGGCGAAGGCGACCGUCGGAAGAGGUGGCGAUGCAAUGCUCCACUACAGCUGUCCUCCGCUUAGCAAGAGGAGGAACGGCACAGUGGAUGAUUCUUCUCCGUCGACGUGCCCAAGGAAGACUAUGGACUCUGAUCAUGGCUUGCGGAGCCAGUCUGCACUGUCGUUCCGCGGCGUGUGCUCGUCGAGAAUAUCGCCGUCGGAGGAGAGCCUGGCGAGGGCUCUCCGCUCGUGCCAUUCUCAGCCUUUCUCAUUCUUGGAGGAAGGGGAGACUGCAACUACAUCAGGAGUGGUAAGCCUAGCCGACUAUCUGGGCACUAACGUGGCUGACCACAUCCCUGAAACUCCCAACAACCUUUCCGAGGAGAUGGUCAGGUGCAUGGCAGGGGUAUACUGCAAGCUCGCAGAUCCACCUCUAGUUCAUCACCGCCCAUCAUCGUCACCGACAUCAUCGUUCUCCUCAACCAGUGUGGUCUCUCCGCAGUACCUUGGGGACAUGUGGAGCCCCAAUUGCAGGAGAGAAGCCACCCUGGACUCCCGGCUGAUCAACCCGUUCCAUGUCGAGGGGCUCAAGGAGUUCAGUGGACCGUACAACACCAUGGUUGAGGUACCGUCGAUUUCCCGCGACCGCCGAAGGCUAAGCGAAGCCGAAGAUUUGCUCCAAACUUACAAGUUAAUUCUUCAUCGGCUAGAGACUGUUGACCUCCGGAGGAUGGCGAACGAAGAGAGGCUCUCCUUCUGGAUCAACAUACACAAUGCAUUGUUGAUGCAUGCUUACCUCAAGCAUGGCAUCCCACAGAACCAUCUGAAGAAGACAUCACUUCUUGUCAAGGCUGAGUGCAGGAUCGCCGGCCGCACCAUCAAUGCAGCAGCAAUCCAGGGGCUUGUUCUCGGGUGUAGCACCCACUCUCCCGGACAGUGGCUGAGGACUUUGCUGCACCCGAGGAUCAAAAGCAGAGUGAGCAAAGGAGGAGGCCAGUGGCAACCCUUUGCCAUCAAUCGACCGGAGCCUCUUUUGCGGUUCGCACUUUGCUCCGGAAGCCAUUCCGAUCCAGCGGUGAGGGUGUACACGCCGAAGCGGCUGUUCCAGCAGCUGGAGGCGGCCAAGGAGGAGUACAUCCGCGCCACGGUGGGGGUCCGGCCGCCGGAGCAUCAGCACCGCCACCGCGGCGGCAGAGUGGUGCUGCCGAAGCUGGUGGAGGCGUACGCCAGGGACAUGGGGCUCUCACCGGAGCGGCUCCUGGACGCGGCGCAGCGGUGCCUGCCGGAGAGUGUACGGGCGGCGGUGCAACGGUGCCGGCAGCAGCAGCAGACGGCGGCGGUCGUCGAGUGGGCGCCGCACAGGCAGAGCUUCCGGUACCUGCUCGCCAGGGACGUCGCGUUUCCGCACCUCAGCUGACCUGCGUUGAGCGAGCAGAGCUUUCAUGGAUAUGGCCAUCACCUCACCUCCACUGCUUGGCCACUAACAGUGAGCUCCAUGGAUUGGCUUGGCUUGACUUGAUCGCAUUAGUUGGGUAAUGACAGUUUGUGAGAUAAGAUUAAUCAAGUGGUCAUUGAUUUGUUCAUAGAAAUUCGUUCUAGGACUACACUACUUAUUUCCAUUUUCGUGUGCAUUUUACUUUGUAAGGAGAUGUGCAGUGUGGGGGUCUGUACGCUCUGUAAAGUUCUAUUUUUGUAGAUAAAGAGAAGAAGAAAAGUUGAGAGUCAAGUGUCGUUCAAUCUGAACAAAGGGCGUGCUUGGGCUUGAGCCGGCUGGAUCAACUGCCUCCUCGACCGUUUUAACUAGUAAAUCUCGGACC